AUGUUCUCUUCUUCCACUGCGCUGGCCGCUCUGGCACUUGCACCUCUGGCACUUGCUGCCCCUGCCACCUCACCUAACCCUGCCCUCUUCGAGAGAUCUCUAAACUCCGGAAAGGGUACUUGGUAUGGCGAGAGCUGUGGCGAAGAAGCCUGCUGGCAGCAAGGCGCUUGCGCUUUCACUGACUACGUCCUCCCUUCAUCCAUUGCUGGCUCUACCUGCGUGUCUGAGGCCAUCUGGAACAAUGGUCAGGACUGCGGUGGCUGUGUGUCUAUCACCUACAACGGUGUCAAGAAGAUUGCCAUGAUCACCAACAAGACUGGUGGUGACAAGAACCACUUGGAUAUGUCUCCUGACAUGUUCUCUCAGCUUGCCAACAAGAACCUUGGCGAGAUCCCCAUCGAAUGGGAGUUUGUCCCUUGCCCCAUCACCAGUGGUCUUGAGAUCAAGAUGCACGGUGGUUCUUCGCAAUACUGGUUUGCUGCUACCGUCAUGAACGCUACCCUGCGCACAUUCAAGCUUGAGGUCAGUGCCGAUAACGGUAAAACCUGGAAGCCUACCACCAGAAACGUCAACAACUUCUUCGAGCUUACUGGCGGUACUGGCACCAAGACUGCUUGGGUUAGAGCUACUUCGGAGAAUGGUGACAGUGUCGUUGUCAAGGAUGUUAACAUGUCUUCUGGCACUACCACCAAGAGUACCGUUAACUACAAGUCUUAG